AUGGGCGAUCAGCAGCUGUACAAGACCAACCACGUGGCCCACAGCAGUGACAGCCUCUUCUACCAACAGCCCCCGCUCGGCGUCCACAGUGGCCUGAACCACAACUAUGGGAAUACAGUCACAGGGGGUGGGAUGGAUGCCCCCCAGGCCUCGCCCAUAUCCCCUCACUUCCCUCAAGACACUCGAGACAGCCUGGGCUUAUCUGUUGGUUCCAAAAACCUUGGCCAAGUGGAUACCUCAAGGCAGGGAGGGUGGGGAGGUCAUUCGGGGCCUGGAAACCACGUCCAGCUACGUGGCAACCUGGCCAACUCCAAUAUGAUGUGGGGGGCACCGACCCAGGCUGAGCCUGCCGAUGGCUACCAGUACACCUACUCUCAGGCCAGCGAGAUCCGGACCCAGAAGCUCACCAGUGGCGUCCUGCACAAGCUGGACUCUUUCACCCAGGUGUUUGCCAAUCAAAACCUGCGAAUUCAGGUCAACAACAUGGCCCAGGUGCUGCACGCCCAGUCGGCAGUCAUGGACGGGACGCCGGACAGUGCCCUCCGCCAGCUGCUGUCUCAGAAGCCCCUGGAGCCCCCGACACCGGUUAUUCCUUCCCGCUACCAGCAGGUGGCCCAGCCGCCUCACCCUGGCUUCACUGGUGGGCUGUCCAAACCAGCUCUUCAGGUUGGGCAGCACCCAGCCCAAGGGCACCUUUAUUAUGACUACCAGCAGCCACUGACUCAGAUGCCAGUGCAGGGGGCACAGCCACUGCAGGGCCCUCAGAUGCUGUCACAGCACAUGCAGCAGAUGCAGCAGCACCAGUAUUACCCGCAGCAGCAGCAGCAGCAAGCUGGGCAACAGCGCAUCUCCAUGCAAGAGAUACAGCAGCAGCAGCAGAUUCGCACAUCGGAGCCUCAGCAGCAGCCGCAGCAACAGCUGCAGCAGCGGCAGAGUGCAAUGCAGAUACCUCAGUAUUACCAGUCCCCUCCCAUGAUGCAGCACUUGCAAGAGCAGCCGCAGCCACAGCAAAUGCACCUGCAGCCCCCUUACCACAGGGACCCCCACCAGUAUCCCCCGGAGCAGGCUCAUGCAGUCCAGCUGAUUCAGCUGGGCUCCAUGCCCCAAUACUACUACCAGGAGCCCCAGCAGCCCUACAGUCACCCCCUCUACCAGCAGAGCCACCUGCCUCAGCACCAGCAGCGUGAGGACAGUCAGCCGAAGACGUAUCCCAGCGACAGGCAGGCCCAGGCCCUGCUGAGCUCCCAUGGGGACCUGGGGCCUACUGACAUAGGAAUUGGGGAGCCAACAAGCUCAGACCUGCACCGGGUCAGCAAUGCCCUCCCCCAUAGGCCGCUCCUGUCCCCCAGUGGGAUCCACCUCAACAGUAUGGGACCACAGCACCAGCAGCUGUCCCCCAGUGCCGUGUGGCCCCAGAUGCACCUACCUGAUGGCAGAGCCCAACCAGGGUCCCCUGAGUCAAGUGGCCAACCCAAAGGAGCGUUUGGAGAGCAGUUUGAUGCCAAGAACAAGCUCACGUGCUCCAUCUGCUUGAAGGAGUUCAAGAGCCUACCUGCCCUGAAUGGCCACAUGCGGUCCCAUGGCGGAAUGAGGGCCUCCCCCAGUCUCAAACAGGAGGAAGGAGAGAAGGCCCCGCCGCCUCAGCCCCAGCCUCAGCCCCAGCCUCAGCCUCAGCCUCAGCCUCAGCCUCAGCCUCAGCCUCAGCCUCAGCCCCAGCCUCAGCCUCCACUGCCGCCUCCGCCGCAGCCACAGCUCCCUCCCGAGGCAGAUAGCCUCUCGCCUAUGGUCAUGCCCGUGUCUGUCCCUGUCAAGCUUCUCCCGCCCAAGCCCAGCUCACAGGGGUUCGCCAACAGCGUCGCUGCUGCCCCCGCGGCCAGAGACAAGCCAGCCAGCUCGGUGUCGGACGACGAGAUGCCUGUGCUCGAAAUUCCCAGGAAGCACCAGCCGGGCGUGGCCAAAGCUGAGGAACCCCUCAAACCGGUGCAGGAGAAGAAGAAGUUCCGGCACCGGCCAGAGCCACUCUUCAUCCCGCCGCCGCCCUCCUACACCUUGAACCCCGCCACCUCCUACUCCGGCGCCACCUUGUACCAGAGCCAGCUGCGCUCCCCGCGCAUCCUGGGCGACCACCUGCUGCUGGACCCCACCCACGAGCUGCCCCCCUACACGCCCCCGCCCAUGCUGAGCCCCGUCCGCCAGGGCUCGGGGCUGUUCAGCAACGUGCUCAUCGGCCAUGGCCCCGGUGCCCACCCGCAGUUGCCCCUCACGCCCCUCACACCCACGCCGCGCGUGCUGCUCUGCCGCUCCAAUAGCAUCGAUGGCAGCAACAUGACAGUCACCCCAGGUCCUGGAGAACAGACCGUGGAUGUUGAACCGCGUAUCAACAUUGGCUUAAGAUUCCAAGCAGAGAUCCCAGAACUCCAGGAUGCCUCUGCCUUGGCCCAGGACACACACAAAGCCACGCUUGUAUGGAAGCCCUGGCCAGAGCUAGAAAACCAUGACUUCCAGCAAAGAGUGGAGAAUCUCCUGAAUUUAUGCUGUUCAAGUGCAUUGCCAGGUGGAGGGACCAAUUCUGAAUUUGCUUUGCACACUCUCUUCGAGGCCAAAGGGGACGUGAUGGCUGCUCUGGAAAUGCUGCUGCUUCGGAAGCCAGUCAGGUUAAAAUGCCAUCCUUUAGCAAAUUACCACUAUGCCGGUUCGGACAAAUGGACCUCUCUUGAAAAAAAACUGUUUAAUAAAGCACUAUCCACUUAUAGCAAAGACUUUAUUUUUAUACAGAAGAUGGUGAAGUCGAAGACAGUGGCACAGUGUGUGGAGUACUACUACACGUGGAAAAAAAUCAUGCGUUUGGGGCGGAAACAUCGGACACGCCUCACGGAGAUCAUAGAUGACUGUGUGACAAGUGAAGAAGAAGAAGAGGAGGAGCUAGAGGAGGAGGAGGAGGAUCUGGAAGAAGACAGGAAAUCCAUAAAAGAAGAGGAGAGUGAAGCCCCAAAGUCCCCGGAGCCUCCGCCGCCAGUCACAGUCGCUGCCCUGGCUCCCGCUGAAGGGCCGCCUGUCCAGGCCCUCGGCCAGCCCUCGGGCUCCUUCAUCUGUGAAAUGCCCAACUGUGGGGCCGUGUUCAGCUCUCGGCAGGCACUGAACGGCCAUGCCCGCAUCCACGGCGGCACCAACCAGGUGGCUAAAGCCCGGGCCGCUGUCCCCUCUGGGAAACAGAAGCCUGGUGGUGCCCAGAGCGGCUACUGCUCAGUGAAGAGCUCACCGUCCCACAGCACCACCAGCGGGGAGACAGACCCCACCACCAUCUUCCCCUGCAAGGAGUGUGGCAAGGUCUUCUUCAAAAUCAAAAGUCGCAAUGCACAUAUGAAGACCCACAGGCAGCAGGAGGAGCAGCAGAGGCAAAAGGCUCAGAAAGCAGCGUUUGCAGCAGAGAUGGCAGCCACCAUCGAGAGGACUACAGGGCCGGUCGGAGGGCCGGGACUGCUGCCCCUGGACCAGCUGAUCAAACCCAUCAAGGACGCGGACAUCCUCGACGACGACAUGGUCCAGCAGUUGGGCGGUGUCAUGGAGGAGGGCGAGGUGGUGGACACCGACCUCCUCUUGGACGACCAAGAUGCAGUUUUGCUUCAGGGUGACACAGAACUGUAA